AGCUUCAAUCAGAAUCUUCAUCCACAAGAGAGAUUUUCACCUCGUGACCUCCUUAAGAAAAUCAAGGAGCAAAAGGAAGAGCUGGGCCUGAUCAUUGAUCUAACAUACACGACUCGCUACUAUGGGCCAGAGGAGCUACCAGCCACGCUCGGCUACUCAAAGAUCUUGACGAUGGGACGUGAAAUACCAAAUAAUCAAACUGUUUUUCAGUUCAAUUGUGUUGUAAAAAACUUCUUGAGAGACAACAAAGAUAAUGAUAAACUUAUUGGAGUGCAUUGCACGCAUGGCUUAAACAGAACUGGCUACCUGGUUUGUAGGUACCUGAUUGAUGUUGACGGCAUGGAGCCAAAUACUGCAAUAGAGUUGUUCAACAGAGCUCGAGGGCACCCUAUAGAGAGAAUGAACUAUAUUGAAGAUCUUAGAAAGAGAUCUGCAAAGAAGAACUGCGAUGUAAAGCGCUUGGGCUCUGACUCCUUCAAAGGAAGAGGUGCUAUACAAAAUACUGAAAGGCAGCUGGUGGCUGAACAUCUGCAUCAUUCAGAACAAUUCCCGUUAGCAAUGCCCAGGCUCCUCCCUUCUCAGCAAAGAUGGCAGGGGAACAGUGGAUGCAGAAACUCCAGCUCUGCCAAGGACGGCAGGUGUGACAAGGCACGUGCGCAUCGACAGGAGCUCGCGUGUGAGCACAGUGUGGCCAAGCAAAGGCAGCCUUGCAGUUUGGGACCGAGGAACUGUCCAGUUUCGUUGCCUUAUAGCAAGCAGUACGAUGGACUGUGUUUUCCAGCGCAGGAUCCCGGCUUCCAUCUCCCACAGGAAACGAACGUAGCCAAGAAACGCAGACGACGGCACAGGAAACCUGUGACAGCAUAGGAAAUGCUAUACAAAAGGAAAGCCGUUCCAGGGCCGUGUUUUCACCCAGGAGGAGCUCUGACACGAGUCUUGCUAGUUCAAUGAAUGGGUUUGCCAUAACAUCCACCAGCAGCUGAACUGACAAUCUGGAAGUGCCAAGGAAAGUGUUUUUAAUCUGAACACAGCUCUUCCCCUCCCCCGCCUCGGGUACUUUUACAACUCCCCCUUGGAAGUUUGGAAAGCGUGUCGCCCGUACUGGAGUUCUAGCUCAGCUCCUCGAGGGACACUGAGAACAACCGUGUACCUACGCUGACCUAAAACCUUCCCAAAGAAGUGUCUUUGUGGGCAUCCCUUUAAACUUGACAGAAGAAGCUUUUGUUUAGGGUCAUAUGUAUGUCAUAUAUAAUUGGAAAAAGGAUUGGAUAUGAAACAGGAAAAUUUUUUCCUCACCAAACUUUGCUGAAGUAAAUUUCUGCAGUGCCUAAAUUCUCAA